GAAGCGCAGCCCUGGCAGCAGCGUCCGUCGGCGCGCGCCGCCCUCCUGCGCCCUCGCCCGCCAUGGGGCCAACUCGCAACUCCUAGGGCUCAGCCUCGGGCCGAGGGAAAUCAAAGCAGCAGCAAACAGAAGCCGAGAUGAGUUUCCGCAAGGAGGAUGGCGUGAGCAGCCUGUGCCAAAAGGCACUGCACAUCAUCACCGAGCUGUGCUUCGCGGGCCAGGUGGAGUGGGACAAGUGCUCGGGCAUCUUUCCCGCCGACAGGGCCAGCCAGGGAGGAGGUGGCACAGACGUUUCAGUCAGCCUGUUGGCAGUUGUCGUAAGCUUCUGUGGCCUAGCCUUGUUGGUUGUCUCUCUUUUCGUCUUCUGGAAGUUGUGCUGGCCAUGCUGGAAGAGCAAGCUUGUGGCUCCCAACGCCAGCGCCCUCCCACAGAGCAUUUCGAGCGCUCCAACCGAAGUUUUUGAGGCCGAAGAGAAAAAAGAAGUUGAAGAAAAUGAAAAGCCAGCUCCCAAAGCUAUUGAGCCUGCAAUAAAAAUCAGCCACACGUCCCCUGAUAUCCCCGCGGAAGUGCAGACGGCUUUAAAGGAACAUUUAAUUAAACAUGCUCGUGUGCAAAGACAAACCACUGAGCCCACGUCUUCAUCGCGCCACAAUUCCUUCAGGAGACACCUACCAAGGCAAAUGAACGUCUCCAGUGUUGACUUUAGCAUGGGCACUGAGCCUGUUUUACAAAGAGGAGAAACAAGGACCAGCAUUGGGAGGAUAAAGCCAGAGCUCUAUAAGCAGAAAUCAGUUGACUCCGAGGGCAACAGAAAAGACGAUGUGAAAACCUGUGGGAAACUUAACUUUACGCUCCAGUAUGAUUAUGAAAACGAACUCCUAGUUGUUAAUAUUAUCAAAGCUUUAGAUCUCCCAGCUAAAGAUUUUACAGGAACUUCCGAUCCUUACGUGAAGAUGUAUCUUCUUCCAGACAGGAAAAAGAAAUUUCAGACGCGUGUCCACAGGAAGACACUAAACCCUCUGUUUGAUGAGAUAUUUCAGUUUCCAGUGGCCUACGAUCAGCUAAGCAACCGGAAACUACACUUUAGCAUAUAUGAUUUUGACAGAUUUUCCAGACACGACAUGAUUGGGGAAGUGAUUCUUGAUAACUUAUUCGAAGUCUCUGAUCUCUCCAGGGAAGCCACAGUAUGGAAAGAUAUCCACUGUGCUACCACGGAAAGCAUAGACCUGGGCGAAAUCAUGUUUUCCCUUUGCUAUUUGCCAACCGCUGGGCGUAUGACUUUGACGGUGAUCAAAUGCAGAAAUCUGAAGGCCAUGGACAUUACUGGGUCAUCGGACCCUUAUGUCAAAGUGUCUUUGAUGUGUGAGGGCCGAAGACUUAAAAAACGAAAAACAACUACAAAGAAAAACACUCUCAACCCUGUGUACAAUGAAGCCAUCAUUUUCGACAUCCCUCCAGAGAAUGUGGACCAGGUCAGCCUGUGCAUUGCGGUCAUGGAUUAUGACAGGGUUGGACACAAUGAGGUCAUAGGUGUGUGUCGAACUGGACUAGACGCCGAGGGUCUUGGGCGAGACCACUGGAAUGAAAUGUUGGCAUACCACCGGAAACCAAUCACACAUUGGCACCCUUUGCUGGAGUUACCUGGCCGGGCAACCAGCUUUGAUAGUCAAGGAUCCUGUUCAUCUCCAAGGCCACCGUCCACACCAUAAAGCCUCCAAAUAAGACCAUGUCACAGAAAGACCUAGAAUCAUGUGUUCAUCGAAUCAGACACACACACACACAAACACAGAACAUUUGACUUCUUCACUUAAAAUAUACCCAUGAUAAGGAAUAACUUGAUGUAUAAUUUCUUUUUGUUUUACCUCUUGGUUUAUUUUUGUUUUUAACUUUGAGCAUAUCAAUACAUUUUACCUGAGUACUAAUAGUCCUUAGUUACAUAAGUUGUCCUAUAUUUCAUGUCAUCUAUGAGCACAGUGUUUUAAUAUGUUUUAAUUCUUUGCUUAAGCAAAGAAAUAAGUAUUUGACAAGAGAAUCUACAUGUGUGUAAAAUUAAAUAUAGUUUAUUCCUGUGUUGUAUGAAAUAGUAAAAUGUGUCAUUUCCAACUGUACACACAGUUCUAUGUAAACUUUAGUGAACAUAUUUAAAUUGGUUCCAUAGGUUCAACUCCUUCAAAUUCUAAUUAAUGUCACUUGUCUGAUAAUAGUUUUUCCUUCAUAAUCAGCAUUUUUGUCAUUGAGGUUCCUCCCUCAAGCUUCUUUUUUGGGACACUAAGCUAUGCUACAAAAUGAAAAAUCAUUUUGAAUAUAAAUGUACAAAGUGAUGUUGAGUAGCUGGUAAACAAGGCUUCCAGCUUACAAUGUCUUACUGUCCACAUUAGUUCAGGCACCUGCUGUUAUUCUUAGUUGGUAGUUUUAAAACUUCUAGUAGUCUUCACCUCAAGUGUAGCAUUGGUAUCCCUAAGUAACUACAGUCAUAACUUUGUCUUUCAAGGUUCUCCAGUACUGUGGUGUGUCUGUUCCGUGACUUGGAGCUAUCAUGUGGCUUCUAUGGUUUUGAUGGAUCACACUUCACAGAAACCAAAGGUCUAGCCAAGUUCUCUGUGCCAUUGUCCUUAGACAGGCAGGUGAUGACUCCUCCACCCUCUCAGGAGCUCAUUACCAGAGCUGGAGAGUCUCCAGGAAAGCUGGACUUAUUGCUCACCAAAAUACAGAUGCAUGUUGUAAACAGUACAACUUU